AUGGAACCCGCCGCGUCCGUCUGGCUCUCAGCGGGACUCCCAGAAGCGAGUCUGCACCACCUCCACCUCGAUGAACCUGCAAAUCCGACAUGGUCUUCAUUCAAACUCGGAGACGCUGCACAGACAGCUAUAGGUCUAUCCGCCCUAUCCGCUGCUUAUUUCCACCAACUGCAGAGUGGAGUCGAGCAGGACGUGUGGGUGGAUUCGGCCCAUGCGGCAUUGGAGUUUCACAGUGAAGCACACUAUACACUCGACGGCGUCAAACCUGGGUCAAUCUGGGAUACCAUCGCCGGGCUGUACAAGACUAGAAGCGGCGGACACGCUCGGAUACACACAAACUUUCCUCAUCAUCGCAGAGGCAUCCUCGACAUCCUUGAUAUCCCUGACACGCCAUCAGUAACACGCGCCCAAGUCCAAGAGGCACUCAUCCAGUGGGACUCGGUCGACUUUGAAACAGAAGCAGCACGGUGGGGGAUGUGCGCCACUGCUUACCGGACGUUCGACGAAUGGAAUGUCCACCCACAGGCGGAGGCUCUUCGUGGCGUCCCGCCGGUUAUGCUGACGAGGAUCGGGGAUGCUCCCAAGCGCCAUACAGUUCCAGGGACCCGACCACUGGAAGGCAUCCGUGUCCUCGAUCUGAGCCGCGUAUUAGCAGGACCCGUAGCAGGGCGCACACUAGCAGCACACGGCGCAGACGUCCUCCUCGUAACCUCUCCGAACCUGCCCGCCCUACCCGCCCUCGACGCAGACACUUGCCGGGGCAAGCGCACCACCCAGCUCGAUCUGAAUACCCAGCAAGGAAGGGACAAGCUAUCCUCGCUGUCUCGCCACGCGGACGUGUUCCUCCAAGCGUACCGCCCAGGAGGGUUGGAGGCAAAAGGGUUUGGUCCCCGUCCCGGUUCCGGGAUGGUGUAUGCGAGUCUGAAUGCCUGGGGAUGGGACGGUCCGUGGAAAGACCGACGCGGGUUUGAUUCUCUUGUUCAGACUGCGACGGGCUUCAACGCAGACGAGGGAGCUGCAUUUGGAGAGUCCGGACCGCGUCCAUUGCCGAUGCAAGCGCUCGACCAUGCGGCGGGGUACCUAUUGGCUUUUGGUAUCAAUGCUGCGUUGUGCAAGACCGUGACGGAGGGUGGGACGUGGGACGUACGCGUCUCUCUAGCAGCCGUGGGACAGUGGAUCCGGUCUCUGGGAAGGGCGGUGCCGGUAGCAGGAAACGAGCUUGACGUCUCCGAGCUGUUGGUUGAUUGGGAGGGAGAGAGAAAGAUGAGAGCACUGAGACAUGCAGCGAACAUGUCAGAGACGCCUGUAAAGGUAGGCAAUGCACCUGUCCGCCUGGAUAUGCAUGAGCCAGAGUGGUAUUAG